UAUGGAGCGGUCCAUAGAACUCUAGGUAUUACCAUCCAGAAGUCAUACGAGAGGCCAGAACAACCCCAUCACCUUCCUUCUUCUCUUCUGUAAUCGCCCUGUUUACAGUGACAACCGAAGGCGAUUUCAAGAACUCUUUCGGACGGAGUUUAUCUUCAAAGCGGACAAGCAGAGUGUGAAGUUCUUUGAAGUCAAUAUCUUUGAUCGUAUUGAUAGAAUCGGAAAUUGAUUCAAACUCUGGACGAAGACCCUUCAAGGCGUGAUUGGUGAAGUUUUCGUCGUCCACCGGUCGUCCGGCCAUGGAGAGUUCAUUUGCGAGAGUCCGAAGGUGGUGAAGAUAUUCUCCUAUAGACUGAGACCCUUGCUGAUCAUGACGGAAUUGGUCUUUUAAUCCCCGAACAUUGGUGGCUGACCGGGUCCCAUAAAGACGCUCCAGCGUUUUCCAGACAGAGGCGGACGUUCGUGCAGAACCAAUUAAAGGUUUGCAAGCUGGACUGAGAGAAGAUACGAGGGCAUGGCGGAACAGACGAUCCUUCCAUCGGAGAUGGCGAGCUGCGUCGCUUUCUGGAGGAGGAGACACCUUUUCAUCGAUGUAGCAGUCCAGUUGGGAACCAAAUAGGAGGUCCAUCACCUGGUCUCUCCAUACCAGAUUUCAUUCAUGAGAUUUCUUGUUAACCAGCGGGGCAUGAAUUAUUCUUGAUGUAUAGUAGUGAAACUUCCAGUCUGGAAUUAUGGAAGUGCUUUCUACAUAUUGCCCACAAGAGGAGGCAGAAACAAGUCGUUUGCAUGUUGAAGAACAAAAUCAUCUGAAAUUUCUAGAACAAGACCAAACUGCAGAUUUUGAUGAUAUGAAAAGACAAGAUGGAGUACAAUGGACCAUUGAGGAUAUGACAACUUCUGAAACACAUUUUUCUGGGGAAGCAUGUAAUGAAAAUGAAGAGGGUGGCACAAAGUUGCCAUCUGAUUCCCAUGAGUCUGAGGAUGAAAACAUUGAAAUCUCUCAACCGUUUGUUAAUGAAACUGAAAGUGAGCAAGUUAAUGAGAACCAGGAGGGAGAAACCUUUCCAUGUGAAACCCCUUUGCUAGAAAGAGAUGAAGCUCUAGCAGUAUGGGUAAAGUGGAGGGGUAAGUGGCAAGCAGGAAUAAAAUGUGCCAGAGCUGACUGGCCAUUGUCAACUAUGAGAGCAAAACCAACCCAUGACAGGAAAAAGUAUCUUGUGAUUUUCUUUCCUCGUACUCGCAACUUCUCAUGGGCUGAUGUACUUCUGGUUUGCCCAAUUAAUCACUUUCCACAACCCAUUGCAUAUAAGACACAUAACAUUGGGGUUGAGAUGGUCACAGAUCUCACUCUUCCUCAUCGUUUCGUCAUGCAAAAGAUUGCUGUUGGCAUUCUGAAUAUCUUUGAUCAAUUACACAGAGAGGUUCUUGUUGAAACCUCUCGCUAUAUAGUAGUCUGGAAGGAAUUCACAUUGGAGGCUUCCCGGUGUAAAGACUAUCCUGAUAUUGGAAGGAUGCUUUUGAAAAUUCAAGAGAUCAUACUUCCUCAAUACAAAAGUCCGCUGUGGCGGGAAAACUUGCUUCAGUCUUGGGUUCAGCGUUGUCAGAAUGCAAACAGCGCAGAAGCUGCUGAAAUGCUCAAGGAGGUAUUGGUUGAUUCCAUUCUCUGGAAUGACAUAGGUUCACUCCCAAGUGAUCUUGCACAAGUUGAACUCAGCCUUGAAUGGAAGAACUGCAAACAAGAGGCUAUGAAAUGGUUUUCAGUAUCAAAUCCUUUACCAACCACCUGUGGAGACCCCCAAAAACCGACAACAGAUGGAAGCAGCCCACUGGAGGACGUGGGUCUUCAGCACUGCAAGAAAAGGGCCAAACUUGAAGUCAGGCGGCCCGAUACACAUCCCUUUCAGCCGGUGGGCCAUGAAGUAUCUCUAAUCGUUGCUGGUUCUGGUAUCUUUGGUGGCUCUGAUGCUCCUGUGGAUAACGCGUUGCUAAAUUCUGAGCAUACUAAAGCUGAGAGUAAUGGAUGGGGUGAUGUUAUUGUUGAAGCAUCAAAUUCUGAAGUGACACCUAUCACUAAGAAUCGCCAAUGCAUAGCCUUCAUAGAGGCAAAGGGGAGGCAAUGUGUGAGAUGGGCAAAUGAUGGUGAUGUCUAUUGUUGUGUUCAUUUGGUUUCCCGUUUUUCAAGCACCACCUCUUCAAAGACCGAGUCAACAACACCUCUUGAGGUGGGAGUGUGUGAAGGCACGACUGUUCUUGGAACUAAUUGCAAGCACCGUUCCCUCCUGGGUUCCUCUUUUUGCAAGAAGCAUAGGCCCAAGGGUGGUGAUAUUACAAAAGUGCCCUUUCCCUCCCCCGCGACCCAACCUAAGAAGAGAAAACAUGAAGAAGUCCUCGACGUGGACCCCAUCUCAGUCAUAGGUGGAAACAACAGCUUGGUCCCAAUGUCAGACUAUCAUCAGCAUAAAGAGUAUAGCAACGAGGCAGAUGAGCCACUGAUGUGUGUAGGAUUGUGGGCCCAAGAUGGUGGCGGAGAGACUUGUUCGGAAUCUGCGAAGCGGCAUUCACUGUACUGUGAGAAGCACCUGCCAAGCUGGCUUAAGCGUGCAAGGGACGGUAAGAGUAGGAUAAUCUCAAAGGAAGUGUUUGUUCAGCUUCUCAGGAGUUGUGGCAAGUCGAGGGAGCAAAAGCUGCAUUUGCAUCAAGCUUGUGAGCUGUUCUACCGGCUAUUCAAAACCCUUCUUUCCAGGAGAAAUUCUGUCCCGAAAGAAGCCCAGUUUCAGUGGGCCAUUGCAGAAGCUUCUAAAGAUGUGUGGAUCAGGGAGUUCUUACUGAAAUUGGUUUUUGGCGAGAAAGAGAGGCUCAAAAGGCAUUGGGGAUUCAGCUUUAAUGAAUCAGGAGCAGCUACCAAUCAUGGGGAUGAUGAUGAGAAUGUUAUUAGCUGCAAAAUUUGCUCUGACACAUUUAUGGAUGACCAAGAACUUGGGAGGCAUUGGAUUGAUAAACAUAACAAGGAGGCUGAAUGGAUGUUCAGGGGUUAUGUUUGUGCAAUAUGCCUUGAUUCUUUCACUGACAAGAAGGUUCUCGAAUCUCAUGUGCAGGAGAGGCACCACGUGGAGUUUGUGGAACAGUGUGUGCUUUUUCAAUGCAUAUCCUGUAGCAGCCAUUUUGGUAACCAAGAUCAAUUAUGGUCUCAUGUGCUUUCUGUUCAUCCUUCCAACUUCCGACUAUCAAAUCCUCCUCCACAUCUUCAACCUCAACCUGGUAGUCUUUCUGGUAGUGAAGAUUUCUUGCCUAAUGUAGAAAGCAUCAACUCUGAGGACAAAAAAUUCAUAUGCAAGUUUUGUGGGAUGAAGUUUGAUUUGCUUCCCGAUCUUGGCCGACAUCAUCAAGCCGCUCAUAUGGGUCAUAGUCUUGUUAGUUCCCGUCUCUCAAAGAGAGGCAUCCGUUUUUAUGCUUAUAAACUGAAAUCAGGACGGCUCACCCGCCCGAAAUUCAAGAAAAGUCUGGCUUCCGUAGCUUCAUACCGGAUCAGGAGCAGAAGUGCACAGAACAUUAAAAAACGUAUACAGUCAGCAAUUUCAGUUGGUGCUGGGGCCCGUUUGAGUGGAUCCCCCGAGGCCUCUUCCAGUCUUGACAGCUUCGGUCAUGAACAAUGCUUAGCUAUUGCAAAGAUGUUGUUUACUCAGACGAAGAAGACGAAGCCACGCCCUAAUAACUCGGAUAUUUUAUCGCUAGCUCGGUCAGUUUGCUGCAAAGUAAGACUUAAAGAUUCAUUGGAGGCAAGCUAUGGAGUCUUGAUGCCAGAACGCAUAUAUUUAAAGGCAGCCAAACUCUGCAGUGAGCAAAAUGUCUUAGUAAGUUGGCAUUUGGAUGGAUUUAUUUGCCCAAACGGAUGUGGGCCGUUGAAUGAUCAUCCACAUUGUAUUCCACCUUUGGUUCCUCUACUCAGUAGGCCUAGAUUUGCAACACACAGUGCUGCUAAUGCAAGUGAGUGGAGAUCGGACGAGUCUCACUUUGUUAUUGAUUGCCAACAGAUAAGGCACGAGCCAUCUGAUAGGACAAUAAUCUUGUGUGAUGACAUUAGUUUUGGGCGGGAAUCGGUUCCCAUAACAUGUGUGGUUGAAGACAACUUUCUCGGGUCCCUCCACAUCGCUCCGGAUGAUUCUGAUGGCCAGAUAGCACUACCUUGGGAGAGCUUUAGUUACGUGACUAAGCCAAUUAUAGAUCAAUCAAUGCAACUUGAUAUCUAUAGUUCACAGUUAGGGUGCUCUUGUCCUAAUUUGACAUGCUCUUCUCAAACCUGUGAUCAUGUGUACCUUUUUGAGAAUGACUAUGAAGAUGCAAGAGACAUUCAUGGCCAGCCAAUGUGUGGUAGGUUCCCAUAUGAUGACAGAGGGAGAAUCAUUUUAGAGGAGGGAUAUGUAGUCUAUGAGUGCAACCAGCGGUGUAGCUGUGGUAAAUCUUGUCAAAACAGAGUGUUGCAGAAUGGCGUUCAAGUGAAGCUUGAGAUAUUCAAAACUGAGACAAAGGGGUGGGCUGUCAGGGCCAGAGAAGCAAUCAUUCGUGGUACUUUUGUGUGUGAGUUCAUCGGUGAGGUAAUUGAUGAAGAGGAGGCUAAUAGGAGGCGCUGUAGGUAUGGGAAAGAAGGUUGUGCAUAUUUUUUGGAUAUUGAUGCACAAAUAAAUGAUAUGAGCAGACUGGUUGAGGGGAAAUCUCCGUAUGUGAUUGAUGCCACAAAUUAUGGUAACAUUUCUCGUUAUAUCAAUCAUAGCUGCUCACCAAAUAUGGCAAAUCACCAAGUGGUUGUGGAGAGCAUGGAUUAUCAACUUGCGCAUAUUGGCCUUUAUGCCGCCAGAGAUAUACUUGCAGGCGAAGAACUGACAUUUGAUUAUCACUACAAAUCCUUGCCCGCAGAAGAAGGGAUUCCAUGCCUUUGUGGAUCUUCCCAUUGCAGAGGUCGACUUUACUAAGCCACCCUGCUUUGUCACAAUUAUGGUAAACCAAGAUCGACCCGGAUGUAUCUAUGUUCCUUAGAGAGCCUCAAUCUCGCCAAGGAGGUGGAUGUUAUGAGGUGGACGUCAUGAAGAAAGGGGAUAUCAGAGGUCACAGGGAUGGUCACCGCAUAAGAUGGUGGGAAAGGUUAUGGAGUUGGAUGUUAUCGAAGCUAUGGUAGUGGUGGCGAUGACUAUGGCGGUGGCAAGGCGGCAAGGUUACUGAAGGAGCUAAGCUACUUUGAUGGAAUAAGAAAAUGGUCCUAGGAGAAAAAUGAGAAUGCAUCUGGACUAUUAGAUUUGUUUUAUGUGAAAUUCAAUGUGAAUUAGAUGAAACUGUAAUGUGUACAAAGUGAAAUUGAAUUGUGCAGCACAAAGGGUACGAUACAGUGACAUUAUGUGAAGUUAAAUUGUGCAUUAGGAGAAAUCGAAAUAUGCACUAGGUGAAACUAAAAUGUGCGGAAUAAAAGGUACGAUGUGAUGCCAUUUUUGUACCUUUUAUUUUGCACAUUUCAAUUUCUCCCAAUGCACAUUUGAGUUUAACUUUUUAUUCUGUACAUUUCAACUUCAUCUAAUGUACUUUUCAAUUUCACUAAAUGCACAAUUCAGUUUCAUAUAAUACAAUCCAACGAUGCAGAUUCAUUCUCAUUUCUCUCAUGAGAGCCCUUUCUUACCAAAACCGC